CCAGCAGCCCAGCGUGGAGACCCUGGACAGUCCUACAGGAUCCCAUGUUGAAUGGUGUAAACAGCUUAUAGCUGCUACAAUUUCUAGUCAGAUUUCAGGUCCAGUGACAUCAGAAAAUGUAUCCAGAGAUUACAAGGCUCUAAGAGAUGGAAAUAAGCUGGCACAGAUGGAAGAAGCACCACUUUUUCCAGGAGAGUCGAUCAAGGCCGUUGUGAAAGACGUCACGUAUGUCUGCCCAUUUAUGGAAGCAGUGAGUGGAACCCUGACAGUGACUGACUUCAAGAGGUACUUCAGAAAUGUGAGGGACCCACAUUUCGUCCUUGAUGUUCCCCUGGGUGUGAUCAGCAGAGUUGAGAAGAUUGGCGCGCAGAGCCACGAGGACAAUUCUUGUGGUAUAGAGAUCGUGUGCAAGGAUAUGAGGAACUUACGACUUGCUUACAAACAGGAAGAACAGAGUAAACUGGGGAUAUUUGAAAACCUCACCGAACGUGCAUUUCCUCUUUCCAACGGACAGGCACUCUUUGCAUUCAACCAUAAAGAGAAAUUUCCAAUUAAUGCAUGGAAAGUUUAUGAUCCAGUAUCUGAAUAUAAGAGACAGGGCUUGCCAAAUGAGAGUUGGAAAAUAUCCAAAGUAAACAGUAAUUAUGAGCUCUGUGACACCUACCCUGCCAUCAUUGUUGUGCCAACUAGUGUGAAAGAUGAUGACCUUUCAAAAGUGGCAGCCUUUCGAGCAAAAGGCAGAGUCCCUGUGUUGUCAUGGAUUCAUCCAGAAAGUGAGGCAACGAUUACCCGUUGCAGCCAGCUACUUGUGGGUCCCAAUGAUAAAUGCUGCAAAGAAGAUGAAAAAUACUUGCAAACAAUAAUGGAUGCUUAUGCACAGUCUCACAAACUUAUCAUCUUUGAUGCCCGACAAAACAGUGUUGCUGAUACUAACAAGGCAAAGGGUGGAGGAUAUGAAACUGAAAGUGCUUACCCCAACGCAGAACUCGUGUUCUUGGAGAUCCACAACAUUCACGUGUUGAGAGAGUCACUACGUAAAUUGAAAGAGAUUGUGCACCCUUCCAUCGAUGAGACACAGUGGCUGUCCAACGUGGAUGGGACGCAUUGGCUAGAGUAUAUAAGGAUGCUUCUUGCUGGGGCAGUAAGAAUUGCCGAUAAAAUAGAAUCUGGGAAAACUUCGGUGGUGGUGCAUUGCAGCGAUGGUUGGGACCGAACAGCCCAGCUGAUGUCUCCGGCCAUGCUGAUGUUGGACAGUUAUUAUCGUACCAUUAAAGGGUUCGAGGCUCUCAUAGAAAAGGAGUGGAUCAGCUUUGGACAUAAGUUUGCACUGUGUGUGGGCCAUGGCAAUGACAACCACGCGGAUGCUGACCGAUCCCCAAUAUUUCUUCAGUUUAUUGAUUGUGUUUGGCAAAUGACAAGACAGCAUUUUCCUUAUAGCUUCCACUAUAACAUGGUUUGGAGCAUAGAGGUUGUUGAUAAUUUUAUCUCCAGGUUCUUUGUUCAGUUCCAGACUUUUAACCUUAACGUGUUUCUCUAACGUAUGUAAGCUGGCCUCUAAUUUCUUGCUUGCUUACAUUCGUUGGAUAUACUAAGCCAGAUAAGAUGUAUAAAAAAUGGUUAAGAUGUAUAAAAAAUGGCUUCCUGGAUCUCAGUGGCUUACAACAACAAAAGUUCAUUCCUUCCUCCCGUCACCUGCCUCUCAGGCUCUGCUGUGGCUCCGCCUCAGUUCGCCUCCAUUCCCUGCCCCAGAAUGCCGGAACAGCCUCUAUCUGGAGCAUCAGCCGCUGUCACGACAGAAAGUUUCAGGUUUAAAUACAUACUCGGAAAUGACAAGCAUCAUUUCAUCUGGUGUGGCAUUUCAUCAACCCAAGUAGGACGUGUAAGUAUGCCUGAGUUCCACAGGGCAAGGAUGGGUAACCGUCCACAGGGAGGGCAAUAGAAGAAAAGGAACCAAAAUAUGUGAAAGCAACUAAUAAAAUGUGCCA